GCAGCUGCCGAGCAGGUGCCCCUUAUAAGUGGAGCCCACUUUGGUAACCAGACACAAGCACAGAAAACUCUUCAGAGCUCUGGUGAGGCAUCAACCGACUGGGAGCAAAAAUGUACAAGAGAUUUCCGCUCAACGUUCGAGUUAUUGGACUAAUGCAACACAAAAAACAAAAGACUUACCUUGCCUCCGUUCUGUGGUCGGAUCGAAAUGAUGUUAUCGUGUACAGGGCGUUUGACGAGUUUAAGAAACUCCAUAAAACGAUCGUAAAGAAGUACCCGUUGGAGGCAGGACGCAUUAAAAAGUCUGAUCGAAUAAUACCACAAUUCCAAGACGUUUCCCGAAAGGAAAAAAGACAUACCCGAGUGAGUAAAUCAGUCCUGAGGAUGAGCAUACUGGAGAAAUACUGCUCGGAGCUAUUGCGAUGCAGUGUUAAAAUCUCCGAGGAUCAAGAUGUUGUCCAGUUCUUCCUCCCUACCGACAAUGACCUUGCCCCUUCUUUCCCCUCAGACAGUGUUAUCGUCAUGCCAUCUGCAGUCGAGCGAAGGAAAAGUACAUGGAGGCGCACAGGAGCAAAACCUGUCCAAACCAUCACGCAACCAAUGGCCUCGGAGAAUUACAAAUGCAUAGCAACUUACGAAGGAAAAGACACCAAGAACAAUCCGUUUAAAGUGUUGGAGGAUGAAAUAGUUGACGUUAUUACCAAGAACCCAUCAGGGUGGUGGCUUGUGGAGAAUGAAAGGAAGCAGUUAGCCUGGUUUCCAGCUCCUUAUCUCAGAAGGCCUCUCACCUCUUUCUCAUCUGAGAACGAAGUAGAUGCUUCUGUAGAUUUUGAAUCUCAGUAUUAUGCUGUUGAAACCUAUGAAGCAAAAAAUGAAGAUGAACUAUCUAUGCAUGUUGGAGUCAUGGUUGAAGUCUUAAAAAAAUCCAGGGAUGGAUGGUGGCUUGUCAGUUAUGAUGGACAGUCUGGAUACGUCCCAUCAGUCUACCUCCAGCCGUACAGAAACCCACAUUCAAAAUUCCAGCGGCUCACAAAGACAAGUGUAUACAACUCCACCCCAAACCUAAACCUUCCUGACAAAAAUCCACAUAUUCAAUCAAGUAAUGCAGAUCUAAACAAUGCUGACAAUUAUUUGUCAACCAACAAUACAACAGAUGCCAGAAAAAGACUGUGUAAACAAAAAUCAAUAUCUAUCGACUGCUUGGCUGAUAGAAACUUGUUUGAAAAUGAGUUAGGCUUUCACAACGCAGGUCAGUCAGAAAGCAGGUCAGAAAGCUUGAGUGAUGAUGGUAGCGCAUCUUCAGUAAGUUCAGGCAAGUCUCAUGUAUCUGAGGACAGCAGUUCAGAUGGUUUCAACAGUUCUCAAGGCUCUGUUCACAUGUCGAGACUGUUUGAGAAGAACCAAAAUGGGACUUCUCAAAGCACAUCCAAACAUCUGAAUCUUUCUGAUGAGAAAGAGAGAGAAUUGAGAAGCAUCCCUGUAGCUUCCACAAGUGAGAAUAAUUCUAAUGCCAAUCUGAUACCCAAGAUACCUCCAAGACCACAGCGAGAAGAAAUAUUAUCAAGAUGUACAACCUUGACCAAGAACAUGGUUAUGAAAUCCCAAAAUUAUUUUGGCAUUAAAAAUUCUGAAACAAAAGUUAAAAUCACUCACUGGGAAAAUCAGUGAGAAAGGAAGUGUUGUUUUUAUUUAAACAAUACUUAAUUUCAUAGUUGUAUGCAGAAGCUGCAAUUUUUAUAAAUUCAGUUAAAAUAAUGGUAGCCAGCUUUUCCAUUAUCCUAUUAGUUUGAAGAUCUGCUCUAGCUAAUGUGUCUAAUUUUUAUUUAAAGGGGUUAAUAUUUCAAUCCUUAAAUUGAGUCACAAAGAAGAAUACUAACUACCAUGUUCUUUGGUGAAAUUCUUCAAUUGCAUUGCAGUCUUUAUCUUGAAAAGUGGAGUUUAACUCCACACACUAGUGUAAUUUCAAUGAAUAUUAUGGUUACGUAACCCUAGAAAGUCACAUAAUGAAGUCAACAUAAGAAUGAUUUUCAGUACAUUGAUCAUAAAGACUAAAUGUAUAUAAAUUUAAUUAAUAGUCAUUUUAAUUAAUAUGUUAUCAAACAAAUUAAAUUAAUUCUGAUUUAGAAAUGUUGUCAUAUAAAAUUUGAGAAUCAAAAAACUGCAGAUGAUGGAAAUAUGAAAUAAAAACAGAAAAUGCUAGCAAUACUCAGCAGAUCAGGCAUCAUCCGUGGAAAGGGAGGCAGAGCUAACGCUUAAGGUCAAAGAUCAUUUGUCAGAACUUUGUUUGAUCAAGACAUUUGAGGGAAAUACUGUAAAGUGUUUCAAUGAAGCUCGAAAAUAAGAACAAGCUGUGAGCUUCCGGUAGCUGUAAUUUUUUUUAAACCCGUGGAUCUGCCAACUGCUUUAUAAAGGCUGCACACCAAAGAUUAUUCCCAUCGCCGGUCCAUGCUCCAGUACUAAAACAACAUGGUUCUUCUUAACUGCUCCCUGAAACAGCCAAGUAUGCCAUGUUGUUGCAUCAAAAUUGUUAAAAGGAAGUUCAAUAUUGUGAACCACUGCACUUUUUCAGGACAACUGCAGAUGGACAAUAAGUUACAGGAUUUGUCAGCAAUUCCCUCGUAUGCAUUUUUUUCAAAAAGAAUUGUUAACAAGAGAUUAUGAGUAUCAUGUAAGGGUUAUACUGAAACUUCAGCAACUGUAACUUGAAGCCUCAAUCUUAUAAUUUUACGGUACUUUCAAUUUGUGUAGAAAUCAGGCGUCAAAUGUACAAACAACAUUAUUGUGCAAAAUGUAAAGAUAUCAAGCAGAAAACUAUGUUGUCUCCAAUUGAAAAGAAAAUCAAAAGUGCAAUCUAUAUCUGAAUACAAUGUUUAAUUAACUGUUGAAUUAAAAAUUGAAUGCUUUAUAUUUUCCAUAAUGGAAAAAAUUCUGUUUUAUUAUUUAUUACCUACUUAUAUUAAGACAUGUAACUACGGAGGACAAAUGUUUUUUUUGUGAAUCCUGACUCCUGCUUCUAGGUACCACUGGUGUUCUAGAUCUUCUGUUUAUUUUCUUUGCAAAUAUUUUACAUUUAACAUGUACUUUAUAUUUUCAAAAUACA